UACUGCUGCAGUUUGAUUUCUUAUUUGACCCAGCAAACACGCACGCGUGCGAAACACUCAAACGUUUUCCAUUAGAAGCUAACUGUAAGACCGUUGCAAUGCGAUUCACAGCGGCGACUGCUGUCAUCGGCAGCGCGGUGGUUCUGCUCAUCACCACCAUUAGCGCGCAAAACCUUACGACAUCCGGGGGGAGCCCAGCGGACGACCGUGCAAACCACCCUGUUCUACAAAUGAUUAUUGACGCCGUCAAUUACGGCUGCACGGACGAAUACUUUCGUGGUUGCCGUUGCAACGAGCAGCAGGGCCCCUGUGGAUUAUGCGACCCGACCUGCAACAACCGCAGUCCCAAAUGCCCGGUCAACUGCAAACCCGGAUGCAUGUGUAAACCGGGAUACAUUCGCACCGCCACCAACGGCUGCCAACCGGUGCAGACAUGCCCACAACCCCAACCACCGCCUCCGGCUCCAGCCGUUGUUGCACCUCGGCCGCCCGUGGCACCACCCGCGGCCCCCGUCGUCAAUCGUCCCCCACCGGGAUGCGGGUAAAAACUGAUCGGGAGCAAAGUGGAUCUGCCAUGUAUGAGAUCUAGGCAGCUAAUACCUUAGUCAAUUUUCAGUGAUUAAUCUUGAUAAGCUGGUACGAUUAAUUCGUGUUUGGUGAUGGCUUUUAGACACUUUUCGUAUAUUGCUGCGCUAGUAAAAAUUUGGGAUCGGAAAGCUAACAUCCAUUCUUAAGCAGCGCUCAGCGUUUCCUUGUAGCGGCGGUCAGAUGUAAACACUCAUCAUACAACAUAUAGUGCUGAAUAUAACUAUACAGUAACACUAAAGAUUCUGGAUGUUUCCUUUUUUCGAGAUACUUCGCCCUUGCUCGCAUUCCAGACAUUUUUGUAAGAAGCAUUUAUGUAGGGAACUAAAGGUCACGGUGUUCUCCGCGUUGUUCCACAUGACAGAAGCGCUUCAAACG